AUACCUGGACUGCAAGCCUGCACAGUUGUGAUGGGGAGAUGACUUGAGGGGCCAGCUUCUAUCUCCACCACAAUGUCCAUGAACAGUUCCAAGCAGCCAGGGUCUCCUGCAGCUGAGCUCCUUUCAAAUACAACCUGCCAGACGGAUAACCGGCUUUCAGUGUUUUUUUCAGUAAUCUUCAUGACAGUGGGAAUUUUGUCUAACAGCCUUGCCAUUGCCAUUCUCAUGAAGGCGUAUCAGAGAUUUAGACAAAAGUCCAAGGCAUCGUUCCUGCUUUUGGCUAGUGGCCUGGUGAUCACAGAUUUCUUUGGUCAUCUCAUCAAUGGAGCUAUAGCAGUAUUUGUAUAUUCAUCUGAUAAAGACUGGAUCCGCUUCGACCAAUCCAAUAUCCUCUGCAGUGUUUUUGGUAUCUGCAUGGUAUUCUCUGGUUUGUGCCCACUUUUUCUAGGCAGUGUGAUGGCCAUUGAGCGGUGUAUUGGAGUCACCAAACCAAUAUUUCAUUCUACAAAAAUUACAUCUAAGCAUGUGAAAAUGAUGUUGAGUGGCGUGUGCUUAUUUGCUGUUUUUAUAGCUUUGCUACCCAUCUUUGCACAUCGAGACUAUAAAAUUCAAGCAUCAAGGACAUGGUGUUUCUAUAACACUGAACACAUGGAAGACUGGGAAGAUAGAUUUUAUCUUCUACUUUUUUCUUUUCUGGGCCUGGUAGCUCUUGGUGUUUCAUUCUUGUGCAAUGCCAUCACAGGAAUUACACUUUUAAGAGUUAAAUUUAAAAGUCAUCAGCAUAGACAAGGCAGGUCUCAUCAUUUUGAAAUGGUCAUCCAGCUCCUGGCUAUAAUGUGUGUCUCCUGCAUUUGCUGGAGUCCAUUUCUGGUAACCAUGGUCAACAUUGGAAUCAAUGGAAAUAAUUCUCUAGAGACCUGUGAAACAACACUUUUUGCUCUUCGGAUGGCAACAUGGAAUCAAAUCUUAGAUCCCUGGGUUUAUAUUCUUCUCCGCAAGGCUGUCCUGAAGAAUCUCUACAGGCUUGCCAGGCGUUGCUGUGGAGUGCACGUCAUCAGCUUACAUGUUUGGGAACUCAGCUCCAUUAAAAAUUCUUUAAAGGUUGCUGCUAUUUCUGAGUCACCAGUUUCAGAGAAAAUAAAUCAGCACACAUCUAGUUUAGUAGGAUAGUAAGUCAGUGUAGGCCUAGAACAAAAUUAGGAGAAGUUUUGGUCAGAUUUCAGUCAAUUAGAUAAAUAUAUGUAGCCUAACUGGAAAAUUCAGACUACAGCAUGUAGUUUGGGGGGUACUUUGAUCAGAUUCAGCUUUUGCAGCAUGAUUACACAUUUUCACUUGCUUUUGUCAAGUGGAGGUAGUAUGAAAUAAUGCUAUGGGAGUCAAGUAGAAAAUAAUUUUGAGCUUGUCUGAGUGAUUCAUGAAUUUGGAAUAAAUGAAUCUGUUAAGGCUUAAUGAAUUUACUUGACCUGUUUACGAGAGACCACCUUAACACUGUGCACAGUGAAAUGGCUAUUUUGGUAUCACUGCUGUGUAGCUAUUCCUUAUAUGAUAGGCUCAGUGAAAUACAGCACCCUCAGCCUUUAUGUCUGCUUACUAGUCCUCACGU